UCUGAAGUUCUAGAGGAAACUUUCGCACUCGGUAAUUUCGUUUUGUAACGCCACACAGAUCAUAAGGUCUGUUAGAAAUUAUAUAUCGGAGCUUCAAACCCCAGCCUACUCCGCUGUACGAGGCGACUCAACACCGCCAUCUUGUGUUUGUGUGUAUGUGUUGCUGUGUUCAUGAGGCAGUUUUGCUUAGUGUUUUCUUUAAGGUUUAAUGUUCUAUAUUAUUGUGUGUGUGUGUUUAUGUAUUUUAGUGUGAGCUGUAGUUUUGUUUUGUAAUUUUACGUGUUUUGUUUGCACAAUGUAUUAUUAGAAACAGGGCUUCUCUGUGUAAGAGAACAGUUGUUUUGUAUUUUUAACAGCAAGUUAUAUCACUUAUUGUGAACCGUUAUGUGUGCAGGAGGCGGUUCAGCUGGACGGAGAGAUCCUGCAUGCGCUGUGAAGCGAGUGUGUUCUGUGGCGUAUCGGCACCUGGACAAGCACAAGAUCGAGCCGGUGCUCUACAUGAUGGAGUGGUUCAUGUGCGCCUUCUCCAGAACUCUGCCCUGGGCCUCAGUCCUCCGAGUGAGUGAAAAUGAUAUUCUGUGUAGGCUUGGUGGUGUUGACGUCUAUGCUGGGUACUCGGGAUAAGCUCAAGGCCUGUCCGGGUCAGUAUGAGACCAUGGAGGUCCUCAGAGCGAUUGAGCCUAGAUACAUGCAGGAGGGCUUCUUAGUGCUCCAGGUUCUGGAGUUGCAGGUAUUGGCACAGGACGUGGAACGUGAGCAACGCACGCAGCUGAAGCGCUGGAAGAAGAAGCGCGGCGAGCCCGGCCCCAAACUCCCUCAGAGAAUGCACAGUGCUCGCGCCAUCAUGGCCACCGAGCCUCAUACACACCAAGACCUCCGCCAGAAACCCACCAUUAUGGUCCAGUACCCAUCGGUCCCUGAGGAGAAGUCCGAGCUGAACCUCAGAAAGAAGAGAGGGAGCCUGAAGAAAAACCAAGCCCUCAGUCCUAACCCCUACGCGCUACCUGGCGAGUCUAAACCUAGUCAGAUAUUGGACAUACAGCUUCUGAACCAGGAAAAUCUCAAUCUUGUACUUCCAAAUCCACCAUCGCAUCCACCACGGCCCCCUACAAUGCAGGAAAAUCAGGUCAAAGAAACAAGCACUUCUACAGAGCGACUCGUGGAGCGUCCUCGAAUUCCUCCAUCGAUAAGAAACCGGGGGAAUCUAUCCCACUGCAACAUCUAUCCCUCCUAACUGCUCCUGUACACGGAUCACCUUCAGCGUGGCGUCCUCACCUGCUGAAAUGUCCUCCUGUCCAAUCCAGAGAACCUGACCAUGAUGAGCUCCCUAAUAAUACAUAAAACUCAGCCACCAUUUUGGAUCCAUCUACAGACUCAAGCCCUCUGCUAACGCACAACGCACCUGCCACCCACGACUCGCCUGCUGCUCCCGAGUACAAAAACAACACUCAUUGAUUUAUUAUUUUUUUAUUAUGCGUGUUAAACAGUGUGAUACGUUGAGGAAUUGAUUAUUGGCACACGUCUACUGAAUAGCAAGGAUCGUUAAGUCUUUAACGUGUUAUAGUUUACACCGGAGGAACUGCAAACAAUCUGAGAGAGGGAGAAACCCGUCAGCUACUAGAGGGCACACUUGCUCCAAAAAUGUACACACACUCCACAAAAACUCUGCAGUGCCUGAGGAGUGUUUACUCGCUCCAGUCUUCAGAAGGGAAACUACCUACAGAUUCACUUUUGAAAGACUUUCACAGGCAUCACAAACAUUUGUUUAUAUUACACUCGUAUCAAUUUGGCAGAUUUUUUUCUUCUUAAUCCGAAGCAACCACCACUUCUUUGUGUUUGUAUUUCACAAAUUUCCUUACCACAUCUUACAAGAGCUGCACGACAAUCACAACAAUCCUGUACAAUAGGCACAGCCUUUUCAUUAACACAAUCUCAGUGAAAUAUCCUCUGUCUGUAUACUUUACGCGCAAACAAAACAACUCAAGCUGAGAACUUCAUUGCUGAUUCACUUUAUACCACACCGCCUUCUAAUAUAGAUCUGAUCUAUAUCAUAUAUACGUGUACCUUAGAUAACGCCUCUCUGAACGCCAUGGUGGGACGUUCCCGAGCUGAAGUACUGUACAAGUCCUAAGCAUUAGAUCACCCCAAUUACUCUUGUAUACUCUUUCCAUACCAUCGUGAUCUUUGCCUGACGAAGCCAUACACAAAUCAUAAUUGACAUUUGGGGCCUAAUUCUAAAAUCACCACAUACCAAAUGCACAACCGUUUUGUCUUGCUGCCAUCACAAAAUAAAAAUGUUUAAACCUUAAGUAACAGAGUCACAGAGGGUGUAUAUAUUUUUCACACUACAUGAAGUUUGGGGAUCCUUAUAGACUGUGGAACAGAAGUGUACUCAGUGUGUCUCCACCGUUUUAUUUCAUAUUGGAGUACAACCAUUUUUCUUUUUUACCAUUAAGGAUGAAACACUUGUUUCUUUUAAAACACCAUCUUUAAAUGUUUUUCUACCUCCUAACUAAAACCUCGGACUUAAGACAGGAUCUUUGGAGCUGUUGACGCCCUGCUCAGGGUUAAACAACAACGUCUUUACAUUACCCUCAUUAAUAAAUUGUCAAUCUAUCCUCUUGGUUUUUUUAUUUUUUUUUUGGAGCAAAAGUCAGGUCCUCUCUCAUUUCAACAGGUCCUCUUGUUGGUGAAUACACAGCAAUCUUCUAAGGGUAUUAGGAUUUCUCGGAGCAGACAUUGUAGCAGAUAGUUGCAGAGUUUCUUCUGUGUUUUAACCACAACGUCUUAACCAUUAUUUUAACACUGAGACACACGACUCCCUUUAAUUCGUUAACAAACACAUUUGUAAGAAUUCUGGUCAGCAAAACCCCCAAAAGAACACCUGUGUCUCUCUCUCUCACACCCACCCCCGCACACCCACAUGGUCAUCAGAGAUCAUAAAUGUACUGCU